AAUUUAAAAACAAAAAUCAGAGAGAGAGAGAGAGAGAGAGAGCAUAUGUAUUAAUUAUAGCGGUAGAAAACGCUGGAAUCCCGGUACAACAAUACUAUAAUAUUGUUUACACGGUGGCUGGCUUAGCCGGAAUUCCAGCUUCUGCCCUGUCCUGCCCCCUUCCACCCCUUCCACAGAGAGACAGAGAGAGAGAGGCUAGGCUGGGUGGUGAUUGGUGAUUGGAUUCGAGAGAGAGAGAGAGAGAGAGAGAGAGUCAGUCAAGACAAGCAGCAAAUCGAAAAUGAGCGUGGUUUCGGGUGUGAUAUCCCGCCAAGUAUUGCCGGCAUGCGGUAGUCUCUGUUUCUUUUGCCCCGCCAUGAGGGCUAGGUCCAGACAGCCUGUCAAGAGGUACAAGAAGAUUAUCGCUGAUAUUUUCCCUCGUUUUCAGGAGGAAGGACCAAAUGACCGGAAAAUAGGAAAGCUUUGUGAAUAUGCUGCCAAAAAUCCAUUGCGUAUCCCAAAGAUUACAAAGUCUCUUGAGCAAAGGUGUUACAAGGAAUUGAGAAAUGAGAAUUUUCAAUCUGCAAAAAUUGUCAUGUGCAUUUACAGGAAGUUAUUAAUUUAUUGUAAGGAGCAAAUGCCUCUGUUUGCGAGUAGCUUACUAAGCAUUAUCCACACUCUGCUGGAUCAAAUACGGCAAGAUGAAAUGCGAAUUAUAGGAUGCCAAACACUUUUUGACUUUGUAAAUAAUCAGAGUGAUGGAAUGUAUAUGUUUAACUUAGAAGCCUUUAUUCCAAAACUGUGUCAAUUAGCUCAAGAAGUGGGGGAGGAUGAAAGGGCACAAAGUCUACGUUCAGCUGGGCUCCAAGCCCUUUCUUCAAUGGUUUGGUUUAUGGGUGAAUACUCUCACAUUUCAGUCGAGUUCGAUAAUGUUGUUUCAGUGGUCUUGGAAAACUAUGGAGGUCCUAAUAAAGAGUCAGAGAACAUGGACCAUGACAAGCAAGGUCCCCAGAAUCGUUGGGUGCAAGAAGUCCUAAAAAAUGAGGGUCAUGUCUCUCAUUCACCAGAUAUCACAAUUAGGGUUCCUUCUUGGAGAGCAAUUGCGAACGAAAAAAGCGAAAUACAUAUAGAAGAUGCCAAGAAUCCUUGCUUUUGGUCCAGGGUCUGCCUGCAUAACAUGGCCAAGCUAGCCAAGGAGGCUACAACAAUGCGGCGUGUUCUUGAAUCUUUGUUCCGUUACUUUGACAGUGAGAAUUUAUGGUCUCCUGAACAUGGUCUUGCCUUGCCAGUCCUAAAGGAUAUGCAGUUUUUAAUGGAUAAUUCUGGGCAAAAUACACAUUUCUUGCUUUCCAUUUUAAUUAAGCAUCUUGAUCAUAAAAAUGUCCUUAAACAACCCAAAAUACAGCUUGACAUUGUUCAGGUUACCUCCUCCCUUGCUCAAGAUGCAAAGGUCAACCCUUCUGUAGCAAUGAUUGGUGCAUUAAGUGAUGUCAUGAGGCAUUUGCGGAAGAGCAUACAUUGUUCACUUGAUGAUGCGAAUCUUGGAGCUGACAUCAUAAAUUGGAAUAGAAGCCUUAGGGAAGUGGUGGAUGACUGCCUUGUACAGUUAUCACAUAAGAUUGGUGACGCAGGCCCAAUUCUUGAUAAUAUGGCUGUGAUGUUGGAGAACAUCUCAACUAUUACAGUUAUAGCCAGAACUACUAUUUCAGCUGUUUACCGAACUGCUCAAAUUGUAGCCUCCUUACCCAAUUUGUCAUAUCAAAAUAAGGCUUUCCCUGAGGCUUUGUUUCACCAAUUACUCCCAGCUAUGGUCCAUCCAGACCACGAAACACGAGUUGGUGCACAUCGAAUCUUUUCUGUUGUUCUUGUGCCAUCUUCGGUUUGCCCUCGUCCAUCCUCAUCUAUUCCACGGACACUUUCAAGAACCGUCUCUGUCUUUUCUUCUUCAGCUGCCCUUUUUGAGAAGCUAAGGAAGGACACGUUUUUGUCAAAGGAAAAUGUUUGUCAGGACAACAAAGAAAAUGGUGUUAGUGAGGAGGAACCAAGAAAUCUGAAUAAUGAUAUGCUGAAUAGAUUGAAAUCAUCCUACAGUCGAGUAUAUAGUAUGAAAAGCCCCCUUGUAUCUAUGACAACCGAUGGAAAUGCUGUGAUCAAUUCAAAUAAAGAAAUGGAGGUGAAUUCCCUGAGGCUCAGCAGCCACCAGAUUACUCUGUUGCUUUCAUCAAUUUGGGCUCAGUCCGUCUCUCCUGCAAAUUCUCCUGAUAACUAUGAAGCAAUUUCUCACACAUACAGUCUUGUAGUUCUGUUCUCUCGAGGCAAGAAUUCCAGUAAUGAGGUUCUGGUUCGAAGUUUUCAGUUAGCAUUUACACUGCGAGACAUUUCUCUUAAUGAAAGAGGGUCACUGCCACCUUCAUGUCGCAGAUCCCUCUUUACCUUGGCAACUUCAAUGAUUCUUUUUUCGUCAAAAGCAUACAAUAUUCUUCCUCUUGUUUAUUGGGCCAAGACAGCACUUACAGAUAAAAUGGUUGAUCCAUUCCUAUGUUUGGUGGAAGAUUGUAAGCUACAGGCUGUUAAAAGUGGAUCUCACCGUCCUGCAAACGUUUAUGGAUCUGAAGAAGAUGAUAAUUUAGCUUUGAAAUCUCUUUCAGAAAUAGAUAUCACUGAAGACCAAACUAGGGAGUCCUUAGCUUCUGAGAUUGUAAAGAGCUUGGAAAAUUUAUCAGAAUCUGAGUUGUCCACUAUAAGGGAACAGCUACUCCAUGAAUUUUUACCCGAGAAUGUGUGUCCACUAGGAAGCCAGUUGUUCAUGGGUAGUCCACAUAAAAUAUGUCAGGUUGAUCGGAAGAAUAGUGAAUCUGUUAAGGAGGUUGCUCCAAUUUUUUCAAUGGACGAUGAUUUGUUGGCAGAUUCAUUUGAAAGUCAAACCAAACACAAUUCAGAGUUGGCGACAGAAAUUCCCUAUCUUUUGAGUGUCAAUCAAUUUCUAGAAUCAGUCUUGGAAACGGCACAUCAAGUUGGAAGGAUUUCUGUCUCAACGGCGCCUGAUGUGCCUUACAAGGAAAUGGCCCACCACUGUGAGGCACUACUCAUGGGAAAGCAGCAGAAGAUGUCUAAUGUGAUGAUUAUCCAACAGAAACAGGAAAGUGGGAAGAACUUUACUUUACAAAUUCAUGAGCCUGAGAUGAAGAAGAUGUCAUCCUAUCCCCAGGUUGAUGUGGGUUAUUAUGGGGUUGGCAAUCCUUUCCUUGACGAAAACUUUGUUGCCAAUUCAGGCCAACCAAACCCUGGUCCUGUUCCGAUGCUGUGUGCAGCAGAAUACCAGCAUCAUCCCCACUUGUUCAGACUACCGGCAUCAAGUCCAUUUGAUAACUUUCUAAAAGCUGCUGGCUGUUGAGUGUCUUGAAGUGUAAAGACACAUUUUGGUGGGUUAGAUGAGAAAAACAUCAAUACUCAAGUGAGCUCUGUCUUAAACUCAAUGGCUUGGCUUCCCAUUCCAGCUAUGGGUAUCCAGUCCAUCUCACUUCUUACUCUACAGCCUGUGAUAGCUUCUUAGUAUAUUGCAGAAUCACUGUUUGUAAUUAGCAUUUACUGAGGUUGUUACUUGUUCACAUCCUAUUCUUUAAUUGCUAUCCAUUUUAUUUUUAUAGAUGUCCAGAUUCAGGAUGAGGUCUUCUUCUUGCUUCUUCUCCUCCCUAGGUAUGAUGAGUUUCAAAGCUGUGGUUGACAGUUUCUCAUUCCAACAAGUUGAAUUCUUUGCCUACAAUGUAAAAAUUAAAAAAGUCAUAUCAAUUUGGUGUACUUAGAGUUUAGCUUGAUUAUAGAAUUUAUAUGUAUAAUUUUUUUGGGAUAUCAAACCCAUCUCUCAAAGUAAACUCUGGCUUCAAUUCUACUACUAUAUAGAAGGGAAGAAAUUUUUUUGUAAUUGGAUUGUAAGAUUCUUUAUUAUUAUUGUUACAAUUUUUUUGAACUA